AUGGGCGUACCCGAUCCCGAUUUUCGGUUACAAAAGCAACUUUUGUUGAGGUUCAUCACGAAUUUUACAGAGGGAAACCAGUUCAAAUAUUUAGAAAAACUGCACUCCUAUCAAGAGCAAGAAUUGAAGACCGUAGUGAUUGAUCUGGAGGAUAUUGCCAAGUCCAACGAUCUUUCAGAUGAAGAAAAGAAAAAUAUCUUGGAUGGUUUGUUGAAGAAUUCAAAAAGAUAUCUUCAACUGCUGUCAGAAAUAAUUAAUGAAGUGCGAGAGAGCCCGAGCGAUGUGAACACCUCAAAUUAUCGACCACAAGUCGCAUCAGAAGAGAGUAUGCAAAAUAAGCGCUUUGCAACUGAGAUCGCAAGAAAACAGUAUCAAAUACUGCUGAAUCCUGGUACAUUAAUUAAAAAUGAAGGACUUCGUAAUAUCCGAGCUUCUCAUAUUGGACAUCUUGUUCGCUUUCAGGCUAUUUGUACCAGUGUUGGAGAUGUAAAACCAAUGAUGGAAGUUGCAUGUUUUAUGUGUGAUGAAUGUGGAUACAAAAUUUAUAAAGAAAUUAUGCAAGAAAACUUCACACCUGAUAGUGAGUGCCCCUCAAGAAGAUGCUCCAUGAAAGGGAAGCUUUUUCUUGAGACUCGAGAAUCAAAAUUUGUGAAAUAUCAAGAAAUCAAGGUUCAAGAGCUCUCAGAGGAUGUACCUGUUGGUCGCAUUCCUCGCUCCCUGCAAGUCCAAAUCAAGGGUGCUUUAACUCGCUGUGUUGGUCCAGGCAAUGUAAUUGAGAUAUCUGGUAUCUUCCUCCCAAAACCUUUUACAGGCUAUAAGGCAAUGCAGGCUGGUCUUGUAACAAAUACUUUCAUCGAAGCUAUGCGAGUACAACAAAGUAAAAUUCGUUACGGUGAUUAUUCACUGAGUGACGCAAAUCUGGAUAGACUGAAGAUGUACCGGAAUGAGCCUGAGUUUUACAGUAGAUUAGCUAAAUCUAUCGCUCCGGAAAUAUAUGGACAUCUUGACGUAAAAAAAGCGCUUCUUCUUCUGUUGUGCGGCGGUGUUAUGCGAGUUUUAGAUGAUGGAGUGAAAGUACGGGGUGACAUACAUAUUUGUCUCAUGGGAGACCCUGGCGUUGCAAAGUCACAAUUAUUGAAACACAUUGUCAAAAUCGCACCUAGGGGCAUAUUCACAACAGGUAGAGGAAGUAGUGGUGUUGGUUUGACAGCUUUUGUUCAAAAAGACCCACUCACUGGCGAAAUGAUAUUAGAAGGAGGGGCACUUGUAUUAGCCGAUAAUGGGAUAUGCUGUAUAGAUGAGUUUGAUAAAAUGGAUGAGAGCGACCGCACUGCCAUUCAUGAAGUAAUGGAACAGCAAACCGUAAGCAUUGCUAAGGCUGGAAUAACUACGACUUUGAAUGCACGUACCGCUGUUCUUGCUGCUGCAAAUCCUGCAUUUGGUAGAUAUAAUACAUCUUUUACCCCUCAAGAGAAUAUGAAUCUUCCUGCAGCUCUUUUGAGUCGCUUUGAUCUUAUGUGGUUGCUUCUCGAUAGACCUGAUUCGGAUUCCGACACGGCACUGGCGCAUCAUGUUUUGCAUGUGCAUCGAGAAGGAAUGCCUCCGGAAUUAUCAUUCACUCCCAUAUCUUCUACAGAACUACAGUCAUAUAUUUCAUAUUCGCGCAAAUUCAAGCCCCAUAUUCCUAUUAAACUGACUGACUAUAUAUCUGGACAGUAUGCAGAGUUGAGAGCAGAAGAAAAAGAAGCUGGUGAAAAUUCUAUGGGUUAUUCAACUGCUCGAACUCUAUUAUCAAUUCUUCGUCUAUCUGAAGCAAUUGCACGCCUACGAUGGAGCGAUAAAGUUGAGCAGACCGAUGUAGAUGAAUCGCUGAGGUUGAUGAAAAUGUCUAAGAUUAGUCUUGAAAACUCGCGUGCAGAAAAAUCUAUAAUGGACCCAGUGACAUCCAUACACAUGAUCAUAAGGGAAUGGGUAGAGCGAAGAGAUUCUUCGGACAUCACGUACGACCAAGCUCUUUCUUUAACAGUUAACAAAGGUUACAAAAAAGAGGAUUUGGACGCUUGUUUGCUAGAAUAUCGCGACUUGAAUAUUUGGAAUCUUGAUGACGAUAAGAAUAUAACUUUUGUUUAG